AUGGGCUGUGGCUCUUCCAAGCCCUCUGAAGACCACAGACCUGUCUCCGCACCCAAGAAGGUCUGGGAAGAGGGAGUUAAGGUAAAGCAGAUCAAAACCCAGGGUUUUGCUCCUUUUAGUCAUUCCCCGGGAGCCCCCCAGACGGAUGAAAGACAAUCUAGAGAGAACUGCAUACCCUCAAUUGAAGGUUCUAAUGCCAAGGUCUCAAUGAGGGACAACCCUGAAGAACUAGAAGAAGAAUUGGGAAGUUUACCCGGAGCCAUUCCAGAAAGUUCUCCGUCUCCUGAUGAAAGAAAGGGAAGAGAAAAUUCAGACUUCUUGAUCAAUGGAUUAACACAUAAACCCCAACCCCUCGAGAAUCAAGAGCGACAAAAGUCAUCAGAGAUCCUGGAGGAAUUAAUAACUCAAGGAAUAAUACAAAGCCACAGCAAAGUAUUUAAAAAUGGAGAAUCAUAUGAUGUCAUGAUGAACCUAACUGAGACUCCACUGAGAAAGCCACCAGCCAGACUAAAAAAAUUGAAGAAAGAAGAAUUCAAAGUGUUGACGAUGAAGGAUCUAGAGGAGAAGAUGCAGGCAGUGGAGGAACGCAGGAAGUCUAAAGAAGAAGAAAUCAGGAAAAGGCUCCGGGGCAAGCGCCAUCUACCUCCAGCCCAUCAAGUCAAUUCUACAGCACAAGAUCGAGCCAGGGAUGAGGCUUCUUUAACCAAAGGAUUGGACUCUGCAUUGGAAUCAACUGGCCAGCAGGAAGGAAAACCACUGAAAAGGAGAAAGAGCCAAAGUGACACCAACUCAGUGGACACACAUGAUUAUUAUGCAAGUGCCGGGUUCGUGGUGGAGUCAGAUCUCUACUACAACCAGGCUGAUGACAUCUUCUGA